AUGCUCUUCACGUGCUCUGUUCCGAGACAGAUUUGGGCAAUGAGUGACUUUCCUUUUCUUGAAAAUGGUUUUGGAGAAUCGGUUUAUGCCAACAGUGACCAUCUUCUGACUCAAUGCAAGAAUGAGAAGCUACACCAAGACAUCAAGAAGAAAUUUCCUUGGGUUUUAUGGUUUAUUUGGAAAAACAGGAACAAUUUUUUCUUUGAAAAUAAAUCCUUUGAUACUAGGAAAGUAAUGGGGAAGAUCACAAAGGAGAUGGAGAUGUGGUUUCUUGCACAGAAAGUAGAAGAGGAGUGUGAUGCUGAGUUAGCAGAAAAUCACACUAAGAUAGUCAAGAGGUGGAGACCACCACCAAAACCUUGGUUGAAAUGCAAUGUGGGAAGUGUAUGGUCAGAAGAAAAACAGAUGGAUGGUUUCGCUUGGGUAUUACGGGAUGAGGAAGGUACGGUGCUGCUGCACAGUAGAAGAUCUUGGAUGGCUAUAAAAUCGAAGUCUGAAUGCAGCUUUAGAUGCUUAACAUGGGCUGCUGAAAGUCUGAUUAGUCAUGGAGUAAAGCGUGUGGUUUUUGCGGCUGGAGAUUCAGAUUUAGUGGGAGCUCUGUCCAGACUUAUGACUUAG